GGUUCUGCAAUCUCUCGCGGCGCAGGAUCGGCCACCGAGGCGGGUUCUUGACCCCACUGCGUCCUCGCUUCGAGAAGGCUCCCAGAUUCCAGAACGAAGGAAGCUGUGGAGUGCUACAAAGAACAGGCGCUUGGCCUGGCCCCGUGGACAAGGCAACGUUUCUUGUGCGGAAGAAGAGAGGGCUGACGGGAGCAAGAGCGAGAGGGGGAAGACGAAGAUGUUCAUCCAGAAGGCAUGGAGGACGGCGGCGUUUGGGCUCUACGGCUUCACCCAGUUCACCAAAUCCGGUUUCCUGGAACAUGCCAAGAAAUUCAGAGAGGAAGAUAUGCUAAUCCAGUUGGAUGGGAAAAACUGCCUGGUGACGGGAGCAAAUUCUGGCAUAGGUUUUGCUACAGCUGAGGGUUUGGCUUCACAUGGUGCUACUGUCUAUAUGCUCUGUCGAAACAAGGAGAGAGGAGAGGCUGCUCUCAAUCAAAUAAGAUCCAAAACUGGCAAUGAAAAUGUUCAUCUGGAGAUAUGUGACCUUUCAUCUAUCAAUGAAGUCAAAUCAUUUGCAACAAAGUUCACUUCAAUGGAUAAACCACUCCAUGUCCUUGUAAACAAUGCUGGCUUACUAGAGCACAAGCGUGAGACUACAGCAGAAGGGUUGGAGCUCAAUUUUGCUGUCAAUGUGGCAGCAACAUAUACUUUAACAGAGCUAGUGAUGCCAUUAUUGGAAAAAGCAGCACCAGAUGCUCGUGUGAUCACAGUUGCAUCAGGAGGCAUGUACACUGAGCCACUGAACAAGGACUUACAGUUCAGCGAAGAAAACUUUGACGGGACACGACAAUAUGCUCGAAACAAAAGAGUUCAGGUCGCACUCACUGAGUGGUGGGCUGAGAAAUACAACAGCAAGGGAGUUGGUUUCUACUCCAUGCACCCUGGAUGGGCUGACACACCAGGAGUCUCCAAGAGCUUGCCGGGAUUAUCAGAGAAGUUAUCUGGAAACCUGAGAUCAAAUGACGAAGGAGCUGAUACAGUGCUUUGGUUGGCAUUGCAACCUAAGGAGAAGUUAUCCUCAGGAGCUUUCUACUUCGACCGAGCUGAAGCGCCAAAACAUUUGAAGUUUGCUGGGACUGCACCAUCACACUCGCAGAUAAAGUCCGUUGUUGAUAGCAUUAGGUCCAUCUGUGGCCUACCUGCAUUGGGAUGAGCUGUUUGGUGUAGCAACAAGGGUAGCUGAUAGUGAUAGGUGUUGAACGUGAUUCAUGUCAUUGUGACAGAAAUUAAAAAAAAUUUGCACCAGCCGGGAAUCGAACCCGGGUCUGUACCGUGGCAGGGUACUAUUCUACCACUAGACCACUGGUGCCUUUGAUGGGUACCUUUUGAUGGUUGUUCUAAUGAUUAUAAUGUAAUCGUAGAUCAGUAAACAUACAGUUUUGUAUAGGAUCAGUCAAACGUGGAUAUUUCUCAUAUUUCAAUAAAACAUUCUAUUUGCCCUGAAAGCUUA